UAAGAUUCAUUAUAAUCAUCAUCAGCCACGGCCAUAAAACGUAUAUAGCACAUAUAGCAUUCAUCUCGUCACUUAGGAUUCAAACGUUGUCAGUAGAUCACCUUUAACUCCUAGCAUGGAACUGUGCCUGGCUAAUAAGGAAAUUGUAGUUACUGGAGCAGGACAAGGCAUUGGCAAUGAGCUAUGUAAAACAUUGGUCAAAUUGGGUGCACAGGUGAUUGCAGUUUCCCGAUCGCCGGGCCCAUUGGAAGCCCUGAAAACGGAAUGUCCCUCGGUGGAAAUCGUUCAGGUGGAUUUGAGCGAUUGGAGUGCCACCAGAACUGCACUGGAGCGGAUCGAUCGAGUCGACGGGUUGGUGAACAAUGCUGGAAUCGCCAUCAUUAAACCGUACGAUCAGUUGACCGAGAAGGACUUCGAUGAUACAUUCAAUAUCAAUAUCAAGGCUGCGUUCAACGUUUGCCAGAUAUUGAUCCCGAAGAUGAACGCGGGAUCAAGCAUCGUAAACUUGUCCUCUUUGGCCGGUUUGAAAUCGUUCCAUGGCCAUAGCGUAUACUCGAUGACCAAAGCUGCGAUGGAUUCCAUGACGAAGAGUUUGGCUUUGGAGUUGGGUGAGCGGAAAAUUCGAGUUAACAGUGUUAACCCGACGGUUAUUCUAACUCGGAUGGGUCGGGAAAACUGGAGCGAUCCGGCUAAGGCCGGCCCGCUGAUAGCGAAAAUUCCUGCGGGACGGUUCGGAGAAGUGAGCGAAGUGGUGGAACCGAUUGUAUUUUUACUAAGCGAUAAGUCAUCGUAUAUAAAUGGGCAUUGUAUGCCACUCGAAGGAGGUUAUCUGGCCGGAAAUUGAUAUUGAAGAUAGGUUACUAAAGAAGGAACAACAACUCAAAGUUUCUUGAGAGAGGAUCUAUACAACAAAAAUAGAUUGUAACUUAACAAACAUAAACAGAUUUUUAUAUAUUUAUAUCCUUUAGUUCAACA